UCUAUGGUAACAUGAAAUGACAUAAUUUGAUGUUGACGUUAUUAAUGUUUGUUUUCACAAUUAACUUUUAUUGUUGGAAAGGCGUUGUUGUUGUUUCGUGUUAAGCAAUUUCAAAAUUCUCUUCACCUCAAACAUUUAAACAAUUGAAUGUAAAUACAAAAAUAAAAACAAAAGCCAAGGUAGCAAAUUUAUAGUUUUAAUAAUGGAUGUAAUGGAUUGUACUCUCAUAAUGUAAGAAAUGGAAAAUAAUAUGAAAGUUGAAAACCAAAUAGAGGAAAAUGGAUUGGCUUUUAUAAAACAGGAAAAUUGCGCUUAUCAUGAGCUGGAUUUGAAUGAAGAAAUUAUUAAUAAGGAAGAGAAUAUUUGUAACGAGAAUGUGAGGGAAGAUUUGGAGGAAAAACCAAUUUUAAUUGAACAAAAUGAUCUAAUUAUAAAUUUAAAUAACUUUAAACAAGAAACUAUCGAUGAAAAUACUGAUUUAAUAGAUAAUAGCAAUGAAGAAAUUGAAAGAGAAUAUAAUAUUUCUUAUUAUAAAUAUGAAUGCAAUGAAAACAAAUCAAAAGAUUCAUAUAGGAGACGAAUUAGAUUAAAAGGAACAUUGUAUAAUGAAAAAUAUGCGGAAAUUAAAGGGGUUAUUAUCUGUCAAUUAUGUGGAAAUAUGUACGUGAAAAAAGAAGAAUUUCUUUUACAUGCGUCAACAAAACUUCAUUUAAAAAAGAAGAAAUGUUAUAAAAAUGAAGUUAAGAAGAAAAAAGGUGAAAGAAGGCAAACAAUUACAAGAUCUGAUUCCAUUAAAGAAGAAAUAAUAUCCAAAGAUGAAUUAAAGAAGGAAAAACCAGAUAUUGAAAAUAGUACACAAGGUAUCGAUGAUAUAUCAAUUGAAGGUAAAGUUUGUAUAAGGAGAAAUUAUUCAAAUGUACACUUGUCUCAACACAUAGGAAAAAAACCGUUUAAAUGUGAAAUUUGUUCAAAAUCUUUCUUAUACAAAUCGAAUUUAUCUUCUCACAUGAAAUUUCAUACUGGGAAGAAUUUAUAUCAAUGUGAAAAUUGUUCGAAGUCCUAUGCUCAUAAAUAUUUGUUGAUAAAUCAUAUACGGAAACAUACUGGGGAAAAACCAUUUAAGUGUGACAUUUGUUCAAAAGGUUUUCCAGCUAAAGAGAAUUUACAAAAGCAUAUUAAAUAUUGUCAUACAGGUGAAAAGCAUAAACAUCAAUGUGAAGUUUGCUUAAAAAAAUUUGUAUUUAAAAGAGAAUUUAAAUCACAUAUGAGUUUACAUAAAGAUGAGAACCUGUUGAAAUGUCAAAUUUGUUCAAAAUUAUUUUCCCAGGAUUAUUUGUUUCCCAAUGAUCACACUGAAGAAAAACCAUUUAAAUGUGAAAUUUGUUCAAAAUCUUCUCCAAAUGAAGAAAAGACGAGAUCAAGAUCCCCCGUAAUAAAUACUUGUUCUAAAUCUCUUCCGGUUGAAGAUAAUUCACAAAGUUUUGAAAACCUACAUAAAUGUGAUGUUUGUUCAAGAUAUUUCCAAACUCUAUCAUCCCUGAACAAGCAUUUAUUACAGCACACUGGAGAAAAACCGUUUAAAUGUGAAAUGUGUUCAAAAUCUUUUUUUCACAAAGGUAAUUUGAAUUCUCAUAUGAAAAUUCAUACUGGGAAGAAUUUGUAUCGAUGUGAAACUUGUUCCAAAUCUUAUGUUCAUAAAUAUUUGUUGAUAAAUCAUGUACGGAAACACACUGGGGAAAAACCAUUUAAAUGUGACAUUUGUUUGAAGUCCUUCCCUGCUAAGGUAAAUUUAAGUAAACACGAGCAAAGUCACUGGGCUAAAAACCGAUAUAAAUGUGAUAUUUGUUCAAAAUGUUUCUCAAGUGUAUCUACUCUGAACUGUCAUUUGAUUUCUCAUGAAGUAGAUGAACCGUUAAAUUGUGAUCUUUGUUCGACAUCGUUUCAAUUUGAAGACGAAUUAAAUUCACAUAUGCGUUUUCAUACAGGGGAACCUCUUAAAUAUAAAAUGGAAAAUAAUAAGAAAAUUGGUAAACAAAUCGAGAGCUCUACGGAAAAUGGAUUAGUUUUUAUAAAACAGGAAAACUGUGCUUAUCAAGAGCUGGAUUUGAACGGACAAACUAUUUUUAAGGAAGAGAAUAUUUGUAACGAGAAUGUGAAGGAAGAUGUGGACGAAAAACCAAUUUUAAUUGAACAAAAUGUUAAUGUUAAACAAGAAACUAUCGAUGAAAAUACUGAUUUAAUAGAUAAAAGCAAUGAAGAAAUUGAAAGAGAAUAUAAUAUUUCUGAUUAUCGAUAUGAAUGCAAUGAAAACAAAUUAAAAGAUUCAUAUAUGAGACAAAUUAGAUUAGAAGGAACGUUGUACAAUGGAAAAUAUGCGGAAAUUAAAGGGGUUAUUAUCUGUCAAUUAUGUGGAAAUAUGUACGUGAAAAAAGAAGAAUUUCUUUUACAUGUGUCUACAAAGCUUUAUUUAAAAAAGAAGAAAUGUUAUGAAAAUGAAGUUAAGAAGAAAAAAGUUGAAAGAAGGCAAAUAAUUACAAGAUCUGAUUCAAUUAAAGAAGAGUUAAAGAAGGAAAUACCAGAUAUUGAAAAUAGUACACAAGGUAUCGAUGAUAUAUCAAUUGAAGGUAACGUUUGUAUGAGGAAAAAUUCGAAUGCACAUUUGUCUCAACACAUAGGAAAAAAACGAUUCAAAUGUGAAAUUUGUUCAAAAUCUUUUUUACACAAAUCGAAUUUGACUUCACACAUGAAAUUCCAUACUGGAAAAAAUUUAUUUAAAUGUCAAACUUGUUUGAAAAUAUACACUCAUAAAUAUCUGUUGAUCAACCACUUGCGACAGCACACUGGGGAAAAACCAUUCAAAUGUGACAUUUGUUUCAAAGGUUUUCCAGCUAAAGAGAAUUUACAAAAGCAUAUUAAACAAUAUCAUACAGGUGAAAAGCAUCGGUGUGAAGUUUGCUUAAAAAAUUUUGUAUUUAAAAGAGAAUUGAAAUCUCAUAUGAGUUUACAUACAGAAGAAAAACUGUUAAAAUGUCAAAUUUGUUCAAAAUUCUUCUCCCAGGAGUAUUUGUUUGACAAUGACUCAAGUUAUCAUACUGGAAAUUAUCCAUUUAAAUGUGAAGUUUGUUCAAAAUCUUCUCCAAAUGAAGAAAAUUCGAGAUCAAGAUCUCCCGUAUUAAAUACUUGUCCUAAAUAUCUUCCAGUUGAAGAUAAUUCACUGAAUGAAAACCUACAUAAAUGUGAUAUUUGUUCAAGAUAUUUCCAAACUGUAUCCUCCUUGAACAAGCAUUUAUUACAGCACACUGGAGAAAAACCGUUUAAAUGUGAAAUUUGUUCAAAAUCUUUUUUUCACAAAGGUAAUUUGAAUUCCCACAUGAAAAUUCAUACUGGGAAGAAUUUGUAUCAAUGUGAAACUUGUUUGAAGUCCUAUGCUCAUAAAUAUUUGUUGAUAAAUCAUAUACGGAAACACACCGGUGAAAACCCAUUUAAAUGUGACGUUUGUUCGAAAUGUUUUCCAGCUAAGGAAAAUUUAAAUAAACAUGAGCAAAGUCACGGGGCUAGAACCCGACAUAAAUGUGAAAUUUGUUCAAAAUCUUUCGCAAGAAUAUCUACUUUGAACAGCCAUUUGCUUUGGCACAAUGGAGAAGAACCGUUUAAAUGUGAAAUUUGUUCGAAAUCGUUCCAAUUUAAAGGGCAAUUAAAUUCACAUAUGCGUUUUCAUACAGGGGAAAAUUCGUUCAAAUGUGAAAUUUGUUCAAAAUCAUUCCCUUAUAAAUAUUUAUUGACCAACCACAUGAGGCAGCACACAGGAGAGAAACCCUUCAAAUGUGACAUUUGUUCCAAAUCUUUUUUCCACAAAAGUAAUUUAAAUUCACACAUGCGACUUCACACCGGAGAAAAUUUGGUGAAAUGUCAAUUUUGUUCAAAAGUUUAUGCCAAUAAGCAUUCGUUGGCCGACCACUUACGGAAACACACGGGUGAAAAACCUUUUAAAUGUGACAUUUGUACAAAAUCCUAUGCAUAUAAAGAAUCGUUAAUAUAUCAUUCACAUAAACACACGGGAGAAAGAUUUUUUAAAUGUAACGUUUGUUCCAAAUCGUUCCCAGCUGAACAUAAUUUAAAAAAACAUAUGCAGUGUCACUUAAACGACACUACAUACAAAUGCGGCAUUUGUUCACGCUCUUUUACAACAAAGUCUAACCUAAACAGACAUUUGUUUUUACAUAAUGGUGAAAAACCCCUCAAAAGCGAAAUUAAUCACGAGUAA